AUGAAGACGAUGGCCUCGUCCGCCUCUUUGCUCCACCCUUCCACGCUCGCUCCAGCCUCCCCGCGGCCCCUGCGGCGUUGCGGGCUUGCCCCGCCGCAGCUCGGCCUCCAAUCUAGCCCCCGCCGUCCCCGCGGCGUCUCCCUGACCGUCGCCGCCGCCGCGUCACCGGAGGUCCAGAAGGAGCCCUCCUCGUCGCCCCCUCCGCCGCCGGAAGAACCCUCUGCCCUAUCGGCCGUGGCGGAGAGCGUGAAGGUGCUCAAGGACGCUGCCAAGACGAGGAAGGUGCCGGCCCCGGAGGUGCUGGCGGCGCUGGCUAAGAUCAAGAAGGCUAAGCUCGACACCUCCACCUUCUUCGAGAUGCUCGGCGGGGCCGAGUCGCCCGGCAGGACAUGGAUGCUCAUCUUCACCGCUAAGGUGAGCAGAGCAGGCAGUCCCCGUGGCUCAAGCUGCUCGGUGCGCUCGUCCCCGCGUCGGAUCUUGGCUCAAGCUGCUCGGUGCGCUCGUCCCCGCGCCGGAUCCAUGUCCCCGAUGCGCAGCUCGUCCCCGCGCCGCACCAAGCCCCUGCGGCCACCGCCACGCCGGAAAAGGAGAACGAAGAUAUUAUUACUAUAUGCACUUACAAAUUCAGUUGAGACCACAGACACAGGAGAGCAGAUAGUGUAA